CACGCUUCCACUGUGCAGUGAAACAAAAAAUUAUAAAAUAAAAAGGAAAAGUGAUGUCGGACGUGGAAUUAAGUGACGACCUGGGGAAGUUGUGGGAAACCCUCACUUCAAUAUUUGGAUUUGAUGACUUCCACAGAGGAGAGGACGUAGUCCUGGAAGUAUUGGAUGAGUCAUUGUUAAUGAAAGCAGACAAACUUAAAUACAAGCUUGGUAAAAACAUGAUGGUAGAUGGGCAAUGGGAAGCACUGAUAAAGUGGUAUGAGGACAAGCUCUUAAUAAACACACCACCCAUCAUGCCUAAAGUUUAUGAGGAACAUCCUAUAGCUAUUAUUGAGGUCAGUAAGGAAAGAGUUGACGAGGAGAGUGAGGACGAGGAAAAGGGUAAGAACGACGAGGUCCAAAGGGAUGAGAAGACGAAUACAGGUCAGACGGCCGGACGAGUGGAUGAGCAAAAUGCAAUAAUAGCUAACACUCUCAAAUCAGUACAAGACAGACUUGAACAAGUAUGUGCAAAACUGGAUUCGGUCACCAAUGUACUUCUAAAAAUAACUAAAUUACAAACUAACACGGGUACAUUUUUAAUGGAAGCGAUAAAAGAAGUUAAAAAGGAAGUACAGGUGGGACGGAAUGAGAGAGAGGAUAGAAUUCAGAACAUUGAAGAGAAUAUGGAGAAGUUGUUGACUUGGGCUGACGAUCAGGACGAGAAGACAGGAAGAGGCAAUAAGGAAACAGGACGAGCCAAGUAGCACAGAGGUGAGAACAGCAAAUCUGGCAUCCAAAGAUACUAGAUGCUACGAGUGUGGCG